UGCUUUAAAAGACAAACGUUCUGGUUUUUCAUAGGUUAGCACCCCUGUAUCCAUUUUUUUAAUUAUUAAAAUGUACCAUUUAUUUGUUUUGAUUUUCCUAGUUAGCUAACAUACGAAAAAUCGCGGCGUGUGCAUAUACGGACGUCAAAUAAAAGUUUACCCCUGAGGCUUGCAUUAAAACAUGGGAAAAAUUGAGCAGAUAUGAUUUAAAAUGUAAUGUUGUAUGAAUUCUAAAGAUUUUCUAAAGCCAUGCGUAUGUUAUAUUUACAUAACAAAGGCUGGAUUUCAAACGUGUUUAUUUAGCGUGUAUACUUUAGUAUUAACCACUGUACGUUCGUGUCAAAAAUAGACGUUGCUACACCAAGUAAUUAAUCCUUCAAACAGACUCAUGACACUGUUCCAUUUGAUUUGUUGAUUUGCGUUUUAAAAAGUCAACGGAGAAAAUGUAAUAAGGUUAUAUGAAAAAACGUCAACAAAGAAAGAACACGGAAGGAGAAUUUAUUUGUACGGGAAUCAAAUACACGAAAGAUUUCUACUCCUUCCUUCAGAAAUACUAAUUUAUUUAUUUGUUUUUGUAAGAAAUGAAAUUAAAACAAUGGAUAAUUUUUACGUUACAAUUGACAAUAUGGUUUACACUUGGCCGAACACAGAAUUUCGUUCAAGAGAGGGUCAAUAGAACCGAUCAAGAAGAAAGAUGGAACAUAUUUUUUCAACAAUUUUCAAAUUCAAAAGAUGACAUCAACUUAUUGGCAGCCGUUGGUUCGCCUUUACCACCUGAUGUAAGACCCGUAACCGGGCCGUUCGGAAGGUACGGACGACCCGCUGUUGAAUUUACGCCGCAAAGUUAUGUUGGGCGUUGGGCGAGAGACUUGUUGCCUCUUCCAUUUUAUAAAGACUUCGGUAUUAAAGUCACGAUAUAUUUGCAAUCCAUACAAGGCGGCGUUUUGUUCACUAUAUUAGAACCUGAUCACUCCAGCAUAGUACUUGGAUUAAGUAUCCUAAGAGUUGGGAAGAAUAAUCAAAGCAUUGAAAUAGUAUAUAAGAACCCAAGCAAAGAAUAUGGCAGCAAAGAACUGAAAGCUACUUUCGUACUCCCCAAAUUCGAGCGCCGUUGGAUUGUUUUCAGUAUAGCUAUUUCAGGCCAGUCAGUUUAUUUAUAUUUCAACGGAUGUGAGAAGGUUUAUUCAAAAGUGUUUGAAGAAACCAGGUCAUCUUUAGUUAUCAAAUCAAACGCUCCUGUUUUUAUUGGAAUGGCUGGAUGGUACAUUCAGAAACCAAUUCUAUUUGGUGCAGUUUACGAUCUGACGAUCUACAAAGAUUAUAAAAAAGCCAUCCCAUCAUGCUCAAGGACAGAAAAGUCCAGUACUCAACAUUCCAAUAUCGGUACGUCAGAGUCAGGGAAAAGCACAAUCAAACCAAAUCCGACACGGUCUCCAAUUAAGACAUCUACUGAGGAGGAUUUGAAUGAAGAUAAAGUUAAUGAAAACAAUAAAGUUGAUUUGUCGAAUCAAGAAAAUCCAGGCGGUCCUGCUGUUCCUAAAGAAUCAGAUGCUGCACAAACAACGACGACAUCAUCGUCCACGACAGCAUCAAAAACAACAAUACCGUCAACUACUACUACAAAAAUCGCGACGAAAACAACGCAGUUGUCAAGAAGUACGACAGUGUCGCCGAAAACUACAACAACGAAGACGACAACAACAACUCAGUUAACAAAAACUUCGACAUUAUCGCCAAAAACUACGAAAACCAAGCCGACAACGACAACUCAGUCAACAAAAACUACGACAAUAACGCCGAAAACCACAACAACGACAAAAACAACGACAACUAAGUCAACAAAAACUUCGACAUUGUCGCCAAAAACUACAACAACGUCAAAAACAACUCAACCAACAAAAACAACAACAGUGAGGCCCAAAACCACGACAUCGUUGUUGAAAACUGGCCCAGCGAUGACGACGACAACACCGACGACAACUCAGUCGACAAAAACAACAAAAGUGAUACCAAAAACUGCAAUGCUUAAAACAACAACUCCUAGGUCAACGGAAAAUUCGAUCAAAUCCAAAACACUCUCUCCGACGAAAGAAGAAAAAAACCCAUCAAAAACAACGAUUUUAAAAACUACCACCUCUUCACCACAACCUACGAAGGAGAAUAACUUUAUAUACGAGACAACAGCAACAAAACAAGAUGAAAACAAAAUCAAAACUACUCAGGGACCAAAAAUGCACGACCCGACCACGUACAAGCCAGAUGAAAACAUUGCAUCUAUAUUGAAUCUGUAUACAACACAAUCAUCUACAGAAUCAACAGCUGUCCCAACGACAAUAGUAGAUGAAGUUGAAACAACUUUAGUAACGACACAAGACAGCAUUGCUUCAGCUGAAACAUCAACUUCUUCUACUACAACACGAGAGGGGAGAAAUGUUAACACUAUUAAUAGUAUUAAUAGUUUGAUCAAAAAUUUUCACAGUAAAAUUUCAGAAAAUAUUGACAAGUUGCGUCCAACAGAGCAGGUGACCAGAACAAAGAGUAAGAUAGAAAUUACUGACGCAGAUACAACAAAUCCAAACACAAUUACGGAAGAUUUCUCAACAACUCAACAAAAAUUAGUCACGACAGCAAUGCCACAAGAGAGCAAAACAACGCAUUCUACUUUCGUUUCAUCAACAAAACAAAUUUCAGCAAUGGAAACGUCAGAAGACGUUUUCCCAACAGUCGCAACGAUACAUAAAACCGAUUAUGUCACGCACGCAGUAACACAAACGAUUCAGUCAUCCACUUCGCGCAUGCGUGACAUAAUUACAACAAAGGCAUCGACUUUAUCACGUGAUUUUGAUCUGAAAAAAGAUUUAGAGGAAGAAAUGAAAAAGUUGGAAAAGGAUAUCAACAAUCUUAUGAACUUAACUAUUGUUACAACGUCUUCAACUGCGACAAUCAACAAGAAAACUGUCGACAAACAUGAUAAAACUUUUCCCUCCAAAACAACCACAACCACACCAGAUACAACCAAGAGAGAUGCUAAACCGAAUAAUGUCAUUACCACUACAAUGACUAUUGAACAUGAUGUAACAACAGCAGAGAAGAAGUCCACUAAUAACAAAGUGGAUAUGAAGCCCAAUCCUACGACAAUAACGACUCCUGAAGACACGACAUACAAGCCGUCCACUUCGUCAACACACAAAACUACAACGGUGCCUAAAGUCAUUUCAACCGAAAAACCGGUCAGUGGAGGAGAGUUAACAAUAGAUGAACUCACGCAACAGGUUUCUCAAAGGCUCAAGAACCAAUUAAAUGCUGAGGAAGCUGACAAGAUGACAAUUAGAAGUGUUAUUAUCGAGAUAUUAGAAGAACGCAAGAAUGGUUUUAUGAAAGGUAGCAAAGGUGAAAAAGGAGAUUCGGUCAAGGGAGAGCGAGGCAGAAUUGGAUUACCCGGAGUCACUGGUUUGAAGGGUCGUAAAGGCGAUACUGGACCAAUGGGACCAAGUGGACAAUCUGGUGAGAAUGGGCGUCCUGGGUUAAACGGCUUAAAAGGUGAUCGUGGAUUAAAAGGUGAAUCGGGUGAAAAAGGCGAGCGUGGAUACGACGGAAAAGAUGGCGUCCCAGGCGCUGGUGUUGGCUUACCAGGUCCUGUUGGACCACAAGGAGAGCGGGGACUGAAGGGUGAAGCAGGUAUUGAUGGUAAAGAUGGCGGACCUGGAAAGGAUGGAGAAAAGGGACAAAGAGGAGAUAACGGAGGUCCAGGAGUAGAUGGCGAGACAGGACCAGCUGGUGCGAAGGGAGAAAAAGGAGAUUCAGUAAUCGGACCAAAAGGUGAGAGAGGACCACCCGGCCUACCUACUGCUAUACCAAUACAUGCAAGACUGGAAAAGGUUGAAGUCCGACAUGGAAGACCAGGUAAGGAUGGAAAACCCGGUCCUAUCGGUGAAAAAGGUGGAGCAGGUCCUGCUGGCAUGAAGGGGGAAACAGGUCCAAUAGGGCCUCCCGGAAAAGAUGGAUCGAAAGGAGAACCUGGGAUAAGUAUCACCGGAGAAAAAGGUGAAAAAGGAGCUACAGGAAAGCCUGGUCAAGAUGGAAUUCAGGGUUACAGUGGUGACCAAGGUCCACGUGGUUUCAAUGGAGCCAAGGGUGAAAAGGGUGCAAAAGGGGAUACUGCCGAGGCUAGUAAGGAAAGUUUAAAGGCUCAUAUCCUGCUGACCACACGUGAUAUGCGACUUAUGUUUGAUAUGUUUUCACCUGGGUCGUUUGUUCUCAUCUCUUCUACGAAUGAGUUAUACGUACGCUCGUUGUUUGGAUGGCUAAAAAUAAUGACGGGUGCCUCCGCGUCAACAUCUGCGAAUUCAUUAUCCGGUCCUACAUAUUUUGAUCAACGCAGGAAAAAGCAGAUACCAACACCUGGACUAAUGGAUCGUCGGUUGAUGAACACACAUUUAAAAGUUCCCUCUGCCGGUGUGUUGAUUCCAAGACCAUAUCUCCUGUUAAUGGCGUUGAAUGCACCACAAUCUGGCCAAAUGGGCGGCGUAGUGGGCGCUGAUUAUCUUUGCCACAAACAAGCAGAAGUCGUUAAUUUGCCAGGGAGAACAUUUCGAGCCUUUUUAUCGAACAGUUACCAAAACAUCAGAGAUUUGGUUGAUCAGGAUACUGCUAGAUUGCCUGUUGCUAAUUUUAGGGGUGAGAAAAUAUUUGAUUCUUACGAGUCUAUAUACAACGCAACUAUGUUUGCAGCUUUCAAUCCUAAAAUUCCGAUUUAUUCCUUCAACAAUAGAGAUGUUCGACAUGACGAGAAUUGGCCAAUCAAAAAGAUCUGGCAUGGUUCUCAUGCGCAUGGUGAGCAUCAUUUCAAUAAGAAAAGUUGCAGCAAUUGGAAAUCAAAUGUGAAAUCCAAGAAAGCUACUGCCUCCUCUCUUCUUUCAUAUACACCCGCGUUGAAUGAAGAACUCACACGAUGUCAUCGGAAAUUAAUUGUCUUGUGCAUCCAGACAUCACUUAGAUGAUAACAGUACGUCUGAAAGGGUAAAAAUCAAGACAAAGGAAACAGUGCCGUCUUGUUCAAAGUAGUGAUUACUUUUGCUUGACCAAAAGAUUUAUUUUGGGCCAAACGAAACACUCACUAAAAAAGUAAAGAAAAUACAAGCUGUUGAAAGAUUUAGCGUGAAAAGCCUUAUGUCAGAAUGAAGUUCUUUAAGUAAUAAAAACAAUGUCCUUAAACAGGUUUCAUAAGGGGUCGACAAUUUCUCUACAAUCUCCAACAAAAAGUUUUUGAUAUUUUGAUCGCUGUGGCAAACUGGUUUGACUUUUGUUGGCUCUUUCACAUUGCAAAAAACUCAACUUUGCGUCAAAAAAAUGCACACAUGCUAUUUUUAUUCAUCUGUUUCUUCUAUAGUUUUCUGUAGAUUUUUUUGUAUAUUAUAUAUGCACAACUUUAGUAGUUUUGGCGUCAUAAUUUUACGCUGUUAUAUUUUUAAAUGAAUUUUUUGGUAUUGUCUUACUUUUCGCAUAGUUUUUUAAUAAAUGAGUGAAUUUAAUGAGCGGACAUUAUCGAGGACAAAUUCAGUUUUUGAACGAAAAAUUUUCUUCUAUCUUUUUUUUGCAUCUUGUGAAAAAAUCUUAGUAGUUAUAAAAAUUUGGUUUUGAUUGGUCACACCUCGCGUGAAAAUCGCAUUAUUGUGUGACAAUCGCGUUUUUGUAUAACAAUCGCAUUAUCGCGUGGCAUUCGCAUUAUGGUGUGACACUGCGUUAUAGUACAUAGUUAUCUAGAUAAAGCACAUUAGCUAAAUGUCAAAGCUACUAAAUUCGAACAUUUGAAAGUUCGAAAAAAAUCGUGUAACUUUUUUAGGUUUCGGAAAGUGUUCCGAUUUUAUAAAAUAAUAUUUUUUUUUAGUUUUAUUUUGAGAAAGUUGGUCGAACACACUAUGCAGUCAAAUAGAAUUUCUUUUGUUAUUAUAACGUAUUUAUGAACAGUUAAGUUAUAUAUUGUAAUAAGAUUUAUAUCGUUUGCGCGAACAGUUUAUUAAAAAAGAAUAUUUUAGAAGUGUUUCGUAUAAA